CUCCGGCGUAGUAGCCGCCGCCGCCGCCGCCGCCGCGGGCGUGAGGUGGGGCCAAGAGGCGAGCCCGGAGCUCCGAGGGAGAAGGAGCGAGCGAGCGGCGAGCGGGGUCGGCCUGGCUCGGGAGUCGCCGCCGCCGCCGCGGUCAUGUUUCCUCUCAAGCCCCCCAAGGCCACCUUCAAGUCCUACCUCUUGCCUCAGACUGAAGACAAGAUAGCACCGGAGCCUAGACUUAAAAAAUUGGAGCCAGUUCUUUUGCCAGGUGAAAUUGUGGUGAAUGAAGUGAACUUUGUGAGGAAAUGCAUUGCAACAAAUACAAGUCAGUAUGAUUUGUGGGGAAAGCUGGUUUGCAGCAACUUCAAGAUAUCCUUCAUUACAGAUGAUCCUAUGCCACUUCAGAAAUUCCAUUACAGGAACCUUCUCCUGGGAGAACAUGAUGUUGCUCUAACAUGCAUUGAGCAGAUAGUGACAGUAAAUGACACAAAGAGGAAACAGAAAGUUCUCGGCCCCAACCAAAAGCUUAAAUUUAACCCAACAGAAUUAAUAAUUUACUGCAAAGACUUUCGUAUCGUCAGAUUUCGUUUUGAUGAAGCGGGACCCGAAAGUGCAAAGAAGGUAUUGCAGCAGGUGUGCCUUGCAAUAGCUCAUUAUUCCCAGCCAGCAGAUCUUCAGCUCCUCUUUGCAUUUGAAUAUGUGGGCAAGAAAUACCAUAAUCCAGCAAAAAAAGUGAAUGGAAUAGAUCCUGGAGGAGGUGGUGGUGGGCAGCUGACUCCAUUGUUUGAGACAUACUCUGACUGGGAUAGAGAGAUCAAGAGAACAGGAGCAUCAGAAUGGCGUGUAUGUUCAGUGAAUGAAGGCUACAUGAUAUCUACCUGUCUUCCAGAAUACUUUGUUGUGCCAUCAUCUUUGGCGGAUCAAGAUCUCAAGCAGUACUCCUACUCCUUCACUGGAAGACGGAUGCCAAUGUGGUGCUGGAAUCACUCCAAUGGAAGCGCACUUGUGAGAAUGGCCAGCAUUAAAGACCAGUUGCAACAGCGAAAAAUAGACCAACGGAUUUGCAAUGCUGUCACUAGAAGCCAUCCACAAAGAAGUGAUGUUUACAAAUCUGAUUUGGACAAGAGUCUGCCAAAUAUCCAAGAAAUCCAGGCUGCCUUUCUCAAACUCAAGCAAUUAUGUGUCAAUGAACCUUUUGAAGAAACGGAGGAGAAAUGGUUGUCUUCACUGGAUAAUUCACACUGGCUAGAGUAUGUGAGACUUUUCCUGAAGCAUUCCGCAGAGCUUGUAUACAUGUUGGACUGUAAGCAUGUUUCGGUAGUUUUACAUGAGGAAGAAGGGCGUGACCUGAGCUGCUGUGUGGCUUCGCUCAUUCAAGUGAUGCUGGAUCCCUAUUUCCGGACCAUUGCUGGUUUCCAGAGCCUGAUUCAGAAGGAGUGGGUCAUGGCAGGGUACCCAUUUCUAGAUAGAUGUAACCACCUGAAGAAAUCUGACAAAGAGUCUCCCUUAUUUUUGAUGUUCCUGGACUGCGUCUGGCAACUGCUUGAGCAAUACCCAUCAGCCUUUGAAUUUUCUGAAGCUUACUUGACGAUAUUGUACGACAGCACGCGGAUCUCGCUGUUUGGUACCUUCCUCUUCAACUCUCCACAUCAGAGAGUGAAGCAAAGCACGGAAUUUGCCAUAAGCAAAAACAUCCAGCUAGGUGAUGAGAAGGGCCUCAGAUUUCCUUCUGUUUGGGAUUGGUCUCUUCAACACACUGUGAGGGAUCGUAUGCUCUUCCACAACCCCUUGUACAUUGGGAAGAGUGCACCGUGUGUGCACAAUGGGGCUGUGAAAUACUUCAAGCGAUCAAAGAAGAACUACAGUUCAACACUCAGGGGCCUCCCGCCCUCCCUGAAGAACGGUAUUAUCAGCGAGCAAGACUUUCUUCCAAGAAGAAAUUCCCUAAUACUAAAACUGAAACCAGACUUUCUUCACCAUACGGAUUCCACCACCAACGGCAUGGAGCAAUAUUUCAGAGAGUGGUUUUCUAAGCCAGUCGACCUGCAUGGUGUAAUCCUGCCCCAUCUCUCUGGAACACAAAUCAAACUCUGGAAACUCUGCUACUUCCGCUGGAUCCCUGAGGCCCAGAUCAACAGUGGGGGCUUCAUUACGGCCUUCCAUAAAAUCUCUUUAUUAGCAGAUGAAGUCGAUGUUCUGAACCGGUGUCUGAGGCAACACAGCGGUACCCCACCUCUGCUCACUAACACUUCUGAACUCGAUCAAAGCCGGAUGUACUUUAGAGCCAAUGGGCUCAGUGAUUCUUCCACAACCCCAGACUUCCUUUCUUCCUCUUUCCCAUUUUCUCCUGUAGGGAAUCUCUGCCGACGGAGUAUUUUGGGAACACCACUGAGCAAAUUCUUAAGUGGUGCCAAAAUCUGGUUGUCCACAGAGACACUUGCCAAUGAAGACUGAUGUCUUUAGAGACAUAGAAGGGAGACAAGGAGGAGACUGACACAUCAUUUUUUGCAGCACACUGCUAACCACAGCACCAGAAACUGUAAUAGCUUUAUAUACUAAGGUUACUUAUGUUUUGCACAAAGUAUUUAAAAGCAGCUGUGUCAUGCUUUCAGAUCGCACAAUUUUUAUUUUUAUUUGGGUUUUGUUUCAUUUUUCUUCAGCAGUCCAAUAACUAAGGCACGUACCAUUGGAGGUUAGUCUCUCCACAAACACACCACAAUCUAAGGUCUGAUUGUGUUUUGUUUGUGCCCCAAAGCUGCUAUUCCCUGCUGCUGAUUGAAGCACAUCUCUUGUCAGCUUGGAUGAAUUAACAGGUGAAGACAGACAUUAGAGUCAAAAAAGUUGCUCCAUCAAAUUCGAUCGCUACAAUUGGUACAGAUAUAAGAGCCAUAAAUUUUGUCAGUCACGUUUCAAAUUCAUGGCAUGAUUCAGCUGAGGGUAGGGACUUUUAAAUCCUGUUUAUUUCAAUGGUACUUUAUAAAAGCACCUUUCCCGUUGAAAUAAAUUAAAGUGUUCAUCUUGAUCAGGUUGGCUAUGGGAAUGGUGGAGAUAUCUAGUUUAGUCCAUGAGCAUUUUUCCUCUUUUCAUUUAGUAUCUGAAACUGCCUUUUAGUUUACAAAAUCUGCCUAUAGGACAACGUGUGCUGACCUCACUACCCCAGUCCCUCAACUGGGGUUUGCUUUAACUUGUGGCUAAGGCGUACACUGGCAGCUGUGUUAGCUUGGCCUAAAGGAUUCCCCCUUCACCUAGGAUCAGCAGUUGUGGUUUCAAAGUAGGUGUCAGUUCCAUCCGCUAGGUUGAAAGGAGUCCUUGGUAGCACUAACCAUAGUUAAAGUGGAGAGGAGAAUUAGCUGCCAAUCUCAUUACCAUAGUUUGGUGUCAUUACAGCUGAACAAACCUCAAAAUAAUGUCAGUCGAUUAUAGCCUUAAAAGUGCCUUUUCUUGCUUUUGAAGUAAGAUUUCUCUCUCUCCAUCAUGGAAUUCAAUUACUCUAAUGUGGUAAGCUAAUAGGCUACACAUUAGUAGUAUCCAUUUCCAGAAUCUCAUUCAUACCACAAUUUAUGGACGUUUCCAAAAGCAUCUUAACCUUUGACCUUGUGAUCAGGAAUAGAAAACUUAGAGUACCUCUGAAGUAUAUAUUUAACUCAAUGGGUACAGAAUAUUAGAUGGAAGAUCUUAGGCCCAAAUUAAGAUUGCUGUAAAAUGUCUUUCAAAGAAAAUGCCUGUACUUGUAUUUAAAUUUUUAUUUUAAGGUCAAGUUUCGUGCUCAGUGGAUGCUGAUUUUUUUUAAUGGCCAAAACAAAAUGGCAUGCGGAAUGUGUGGGAUAGUGGUGUAUGAAAGAAUUAACUAGAAAACCUUGAUAUAAUAAGAGUUUUUUGGGCUUUAUUCCCAUGCCAGUAACAUCCCAGUUUACUUACCGAGUACCAUACUGUUGCAUCAUUUCACACGUGGUCAUGAAGGUGGACUAAGAUUCACAUUCAAAAGUGGUCAGCUAGUUUAUGCCGUGUCUUCAGUGGCAUGUGCCAACAUCCAGAAAGUGACUUGUUUUUGUGCAAAAUCAGCUCUACAGUAGAGCAUCAUGCCCCCUUUCCCCAGCUACCCCUUCCAGGUCUCUUAGCUUUUGCACAUUCUGCCCCUGAUCCAAAACAUGCAUGCAAAAGCCAAGUGAAAAACUGCCCUUCUGCUGCUCAAUUGUCUGGCAGGGUUUAGGGCUUGUUUAAAGCCGGGCAGCCUCACUCGCUGCAGAUCAGAAGGCUUCUAUGUUUACAGGAGCUGUGUGUGUGUGUGUGUGAGAGAGAGAGAGAGAGAGAGAGCACGAAAGACUUGGAUUAGACUGGGAUGUUGGGCAUGCAGUGCCAUCUUCAGCAUGCCCAGCCCAUUGAGCACCUAUAGUCUCCAGUUGCAUUGGGUGUCUGUAAAAUACUGUAAACACCCCCCCCCCUUUGCACACUUGACCAAGCUUCCACUAAGUGAAAGUCAGGUAGACUAGUUUCACUGGAAAACAGGCAAGGGCUGAUCAGUAUUGGCUACCUGUCCAAGGCGAUUCUCUUCACAAGUUUAGUGUCUUGUUAGAAUGGACAAAGCUUUGUUCCCCUAGUGUUAAAUUUCAUCCCAUGUCCAGUUUGUAUACCAGUUCUCUUUGUACCAGAUCAUAGACUUUAUUAAGGUGACUUUAUAUUGAUUUUUACUUAAUGCCUAAUAGUCUUAAUUACAUUUCAGAUGUACCAAAUUUGCUAAUUAACUGAAAGUUGGGUGAAUAUACUUUGCAAGAAUUACUGAGUAAGGUGUUUUAAUGUUUGAGACAUGUGUCCCUUCCUUACAGGAGUUUUUUUAAAGUGCAUUUUUGUAUCCUGUGCCCUUUUUAUCCUUUUGAUGUUACUGAACUUUGCCUUUAAGAAUUGCUGCCUAUAAACUGUCCAUACCCAAUGGAUUGGAUCAAACGGCUUUAAGACUAGAGAGUAAGCUAAGCCAGGUUUAUACGGUUAACUCCAGGCCAACAGUGCCUGGGUGGCUGCCCAGGUUCGUACUACUGUAAAUGAAAGAGACUGGGAAGGAAGCCUGUUUCGCAGGAGAGCCUGAACUUUGGAGUGCCGGGCCUGUGAUAUUUUUAACUGGGCAAAAUGCUGUGAGUCCUACAAUCAGAAAUCAAGGAAUUAGUGGAGUGGGGCUGGUGAGCAGUGCUUUCUGAUCUAGCCUUGCACAGUCUUGUAAUCACAUAGUUAUGGUGGAGUUGUUGCCCCUCCCCCUCCUGCCCCGUCAUAUGACGACAUAGAGAGAAGUCUCUGUGGUUUGACUGAAGUGGGCUGGGAGGGGCUACCCACGUUUCUUGAUGCAGCGGUACCACAGGGCAGGGUGGAAGACAGGUGACUUGCCUUCUGGGUAGCAGGAGACAUUUAAACCUUCACAAAACCCCGAGGUAGAUUGCAGCAAGCCCUUGAGGAAAUCCAGGCUCCAUUGCUUAUCUAAAGGGCUAUGAACUGCCUAUGAACUGUCAGGCUUCAGCCAGCCCCCUCUGCUAUAUGCAAUGCCUUCACUCAGUUCAAAAGGGGGCUUGUAGGUGGGCACAACCCAAAGGGAUUGUACUUUCUAAAACCAGGUACCUUUUUAGGAAUUUUUUGUAAGUGUAGAAAAGAAUAGAUGCUUAUUUUUGUAUUUUUUUCACCCUAGCAACAAGCAAAAUGCAGCUGCAAUUAUUAAAGGAUAUUUUUUGUUUAAAAAAGCAGGGGGGUUGGUGUAUGGAGUUCUAAAUGGAUUAUGGUCCACGUAGAAAUCAAUGCCUUUUAGUUACUGCAGAGUGGAAGUUGACUGUUACGUAACUUAUCAUGGAAGUGCAAUUAUAUUUAACCCCUUGUGCAGGUCGUGAACCAAAGAGACACGACUGAAAAGUGUGCGUUUCACAUUGGCAGAAGGAAUCCUGUUUCUAGAGUGGUUGUUUUUGUAGAUUCAUUUUCAGUUUAGCUGUUAAAUCUCCAAAGAAAAGGUAUACAUUAAAACCAAACCUGUUGUAAAAUUUUAUUUAAUUAAAGGCUGAAGUUGUUAAUCAGAAAAUUGACUGCAGCAGUCAGGACCCCCUGCAACUCAGAGGGUGAAAGAGCCCCUCCCCCUUUUGAAACGGAAUCUAAAGCCUUGAUGCCGAAAACUAUGCCUUACAUGAGUAAAGCAGAGCUGACAGGAACACCUACAAAGAAAACCCCAACCUGUCAAUGUUGUGAAUAUGAAGUAAAUCAAGACGUAAUUAAAAACAAACAAACCUUC